GUUGACCCCGCAGUCUCGCCUCAUGCCCGCAUCGGCCCGCCCUAGAGCUGUCACGAUGCUGCCGCCCGCGCCUUCCCGCUUGGGGCUGCUGCUGCUGCUUCUCCUGUGUCCGGCGCACGUCGGCGGACUGUGGUGGGCGGUGGGCAGCCCCUUGGUCAUGGACCCUACCAGCAUCUGCAGGAAGGCACGGCGGCUGGCAGGUCGGCAGGCUGAGUUGUGCCAGGCCGAGCCGGAAGUGGUGGCCGAGCUAGCCCGGGGCGCCCGGCUAGGGGUUCGAGAAUGCCAGUUCCAGUUCCGUUUCCGCCGAUGGAACUGCUCCAGCCACAGCAAAGCCUUCGGGCGCAUCCUGCAGCAGGACAUCCGGGAGACGGCCUUCGUGUUUGUCUAUAACGCUGCAGAGCCAGCCACCGCGGUCACGCAGGCCCGUUGUUUCCCGACUGGGGCCGAGGCUGCUGCAGUGCGGCGUGCCAGCGGGCUCCCCGACGGCAGCGCCGCCUGGGAGUGGGGAGGCUGUGGCGACGACGUGGACUUCGGGGACGAGAAGUCAAGGCUCUUUAUGGACGCGCAGCACAAGCGGGGUCGGGGAGACAUCCGUGCCUUGGUGCAACUUCACAACAACGAGGCAGGCCGACUGGCGGUGCGGAGCCACACGCGGACCGAGUGCAAGUGCCACGGCCUGUCCGGCUCAUGCGCGUUGCGCACCUGCUGGCAGAAGCUGCCCCCGUUCCGUGAGGUGGGCGCGCGGCUGCUCGAGCGCUUCCACGGCGCCUCUCGGGUCAUGGGUACCAACGACGGCAAGGCUCUGCUGCCCGCCGUCCGCACGCUCAAACCGCCGGGUCGCGCUGACCUACUCUACGCCGCCGACUCGCCCGACUUCUGCGCCCCCAACAGGCGCACAGGUUCUCCCGGCACGCGCGGCCGCGCCUGCAACAGCAGCGCCCCGGACCUCAGCGGCUGCGACCUGCUCUGCUGCGGCCGCGGGCACCGCCAGGAGAGCGUGCAGCUCGAGGAGAACUGCCUGUGCCGCUUCCACUGGUGCUGCGUAGUGCAGUGCCACCGCUGCCGCGUGCGCAAGGAACUCAGCCUCUGCCUCUGACCCGCCGCCCGGCUCCCCAAAACUGCGCGCAGAGCCUUCUUUCGGCACCUGCGGGACCUCUGGCCUCCAGCAGGGGGCGUCGCCUUGGCCCAGCUACCCCAUGAGAAAGUCCAUCUCCCAGACCUCUGGAAACUGUGAGGCAGAGGGAUCUUGAGAUAUACGCCGGCUCACGAAGGCCCAGGGCACCGGAGGGGCCUCCCGAGAGGCGCUCUGGGGGGUUCUUGGGGAGACUAUACAGACCUCUCUCCUCGGCCCCCUAGUGGAAACCAAAGAGCCAGUUUCUAGGCCUCUGGAUGUGGGGCUCCUCAGAACUGCUGGCCAUGGGGUGGGUGGGUGGGUGAGUGUAGUAUCAAUAAAGAUAUUUAAGCCAAUA